GAGGACGCAAACGCAAGUCGGAGAAUUUGCUCGCUGCCGUCGCUGCCACUGCUCUGAUUCUUGGCGACAGCAUCAAGGUGGAAUAUCCCGAGCAGGUUCUCGAUUUGGCGUCGGAAAGUUCAGGAGUCCACGGGGUGGCCGCGCUCAACCCGAUGCUGACCGUCAGGCUCGAUGGCGAAGGCGGCGCCGCUGCAAAACUGGGCAGGCCUGCGAAGCCUGCAGCAGAUAAGCCCAAAAAGUCCCUGCUGCCGAUGGUCAUGCCAACAGAGGACCUUAGCAAAUACUACAACCCGCCAGUCAAAGCCGAUCCUGAUGCCGAAAAAGCUCGCGAGAAGCGGCCUCGGAGCGAACCCGGACUCUUGGCCGAGAUCCCUGUUCAGAAGCGCGAGCGCUUGACCACCGAUGGAGCCGGUGCAGAAGUUGCCGAUAUAUCGUCCGACGCCGAUCUGAACGAUAUUGAUGAGGAGCUUACGCCUGAGAUCAAGGCGCAGUACGCCGGAGCGCUGACCAAGUACAUGGCCCGGCUGCGACACCGACAAAACCAAGCCUUGCAGCGGAUGCGGAACAAGGAGAAGGAGAUUCGACAGGCCGCCUUCCAGCGCUUCUUGGCCGAGCUCGAGACGGUUGAGAUCGAAAGGGCUCGGCAAAAGCGCCUGGCAGACGAGGUCAUGGCACAAAAGGCGGCUGCCGAGGCGGCUGCGAUGGCUGCCGCCGAAGCUGCUGCCUCCGCAGCCGCCGAAGCCGCCGCCGCAGCUACGGCAGUUGCUCAUGCCAUCCGGUCCCAGAAGGGCAAGGUUGGCAAGGGCUCUCGAGGCUACCGCUCCGGCUUUGGCGACGGUCUCCGAAGCGACGACGAGGGAAGUCAAGUGCCGACACGGCCGUCAACGCCACUGAGACCCGAGUCGUCCGUUGUUCCUGAGCGCGAUCGGAUAUGGCAGGCUAUUGUCUCGAAAGGCAUCCCGAGGGUCCAUAAAAUGCUGCAGCAGUCGGUUAUCACACGCAUGUCGAAUUGCCGCAAGGUCGCGCAAAUGUGUGCCAAGGAGGCCAUCCGUGCUGAUCGUGCCCCGUCCUCCAAGGACUUUGCUCUGCGCUGCCGACGUGCGAAUCGCGAGAUGAUUCUAUUUUGGAAGCGCAACGAGCGAGAAGAGCGCGAGCUCCGCAAAAAGGCCGAGAAAGAUGCCCUCGAGCGCCGUCGACAGGAAGAGGAGGCCCGCGAAGCCCGGCGGCAGGCACGCAAGCUCAACUUUCUUAUCACCCAGACCGAGCUCUAUAGCCAUUUCAUUGGCCGCAAGAUCGACAAGGGCUCGUUGGAUGAUGCCUCUGGGCCAUCGGUCCCCACCGACAUCAGCCAGAUUGAUUUUGACACCGCCGACGAACAGAAUCUCCAAGACCAUGCUCGCGUCAACGCUGCAAAUGCGCUCUUUGCGCAACAGCAGAGCACUCGAGCCUUCGACGAAGCUGCCCGAUUCAGGCGCGCGGAGGCUGCCCAAGUCAGCCAUGGGGCCAGGCCGGGUACAGCAAUCGCGACCGACGCCGCUGUGGAUCACAUGGACUUUUUGAACCCGUCAAGUUUGAGAAUGGACUCGGACGUGACCCAGCCCCGAAUGAUCACAUGCAGCCUGAAGGCGUACCAGCUCAAGGGACUGAACUGGCUCGCCAAUUUGUAUGAGCAGGGCAUCAACGGCAUCCUGGCCGACGAGAUGGGUCUCGGCAAGACUGUUCAGGCCAUCAGCUUGAUGGCCCACCUCGCCGAGGUCCACAACAUCUGGGGCCCGUUCCUGGUGAUCUCGCCUUCGUCGACCCUGCAUAACUGGCAGCAGGAGAUCACAAAGUUCGCGCCGGAUCUCAAAGUGCUGCCGUACUGGGGCAUGGCCAAAGAUCGCAAGGUCUUGCGACAGUUCUGGAACUCGAAGCGGCUCUACGGGCGCGACGCCCCCUUCCAUGUCCUCGUCACCUCGUACAACCUGGUCGCCACGGACGAAAAAUACUUCCAGAGAAUCAAGUGGCAGUACAUGAUCCUGGACGAGGCCCAGGCGAUCAAGAGCUCGCAGAGCGCGCGCUGGAAGAUAUUGCUCGGGUUCAAGUGCCGAAACCGUCUGCUUCUUACAGGCACCCCCAUCCAAAACAGCAUGCAGGAGCUGUGGGCGCUGCUGCACUUCAUUAUGCCGACGCUUUUUGAUUCGCACGAGGAGUUCAGCGAGUGGUUCUCCAAGGAUAUUGAAAGCCACGCUGAAAACAAGAGCACCCUGAACGAGCAUCAACUCAAGCGCUUGCACAUGAUUCUGAAGCCAUUUAUGCUCCGUCGCGUCAAAAAGGACGUGGAGAACGAGCUUGCCGAGAAGCUCGAGGUCGAGGUCAUCUGCUAUCUCUCGCCGCGACAGAGACACAUCUACCGGGGUCUGAAGGAAAAGAUCUCGGUGGCAGAUCUGCUGGAGAAGGUCCAGCUCGAAGCUGCUAAUUCGGCACCGGGCAGCGUCAGCGGCAGUCUGAUGAACCUGGUGAUGCAGUUCCGCAAGGUGUGCAACCACCCGGAGCUCUUUGAGCGGGCUGACGUCGAGUCUCCGUUUGUGAUGUUCCCACCGGACCAGAUCCAAUUCUCGCAGGGCAGUGCGGCGGAUGGUCCGCGCUGGGUGACGUACAACCUGGUUGGCGGACUGCGGUAUCGUAUACCGAAGCAGCUAUACCGGGCCGGAUUGGCGCUGGUGGGAGCGUUGUCAAGCCAUCCCAAGCAAAGUGUUAUCGAUCAUCUCUUCAACAUAUGGCUGCCGCUCAACUCGGUUGAGAGUGCAGAGAUGCAAGUCUGUCGAUUGGUCGGCCUGAGCCUCUCGGAGCUCCACAAGCUGCAAUCGGGCGGGCUCCCAUAUCUAUGGCGAUACUAUCAAUGCUGGAUUCAAGCUCGUCGACUUGGACUGCUGCAGCGCCACGGAAUCGCCAGUGCCCCAGCAUCGGCGCACCAGGUGCUCGCGCUGGUCCCAGCUUGUCAGGGCUUUGACCUCACCUCCGAUGCAUACUCGCUGGACAUUCUGUCGAUCGUCAAGCACUCGGUAUAUUGGCGCUUCUUCACACAGCAGUACACGCCCAAGGUGAUAUCCGCAUACGCCGAGAUCAGAUGCUCGGACAGGAGCUUUGCCUGGGAACACAACGAUCUCAUGUUCAACCGCAAUCACGUUUCGACUCUGUGGAGGGAUCUCUCGUCCAGUAUGCUGCUCGGUGUCUCUGAUCCGUCCGAGGAUAUCGCCCGUCCUGCGAGCGAUCUGAGCCACGAUUAUAUCAAAAUGCCAGAGCGAAAUCGUCUCAUUAGCGAUGCUGGCAAGAUGGUUGUUUUGGACAGUAUGCUCCCUCGUCUUCGAAAGGAGGGUCACCGCGUCUUGAUUUUCUUCCAGAUGGUCAAGAUGAUGGAUUUGAUGGAGGAGUACUUGAUUCAUCGCAAGUACAUGUACCUGCGCCUGGACGGCUCCACCGAUAUGAACGAUCGCAAAUCCCGCGUGACCGAUUGGCAGACCAAGCCCGAGAUUUUUGUGUUCCUUUUGAGCACCCGAGCCGGCGGCCUCGGCAUCAACCUCACCGCUGCCGACACGGUGAUCUUCUAUGACAGCGACUGGAAUCCUACUGUUGAUCAGCAGGCCAUGGAUCGUGCCCAUCGUCUGGGCCAGACCAAGCAGGUGACUGUCUAUAGACUGAUCACUUCUGCGACCAUUGAGGAACGCAUCUUGAUGCGCGCCAAACAGAAGGACGAGAUACAAAAAGUCGUUAUCUCGGGUGGCGAGUACCAGCAGCAAGUCGACUUCAAGCCCAAAGAGGUCCUCUCGCUCCUUCUUGGCGAGGAUGAACUUGAGGAAACACUGCGACGAGAGGAGCUCAAGCGCAAGGCAUCAUCCGCGGCCAUGGCUUCCGGCACAAGUGCUGAUGCAACGCCCCGGGCGUCGCUGCCCUCCAAGCCCGAGAGCAAACCCAAAGGUGCAGCCAAGCCCCGCACACCCCGCGAGCCCAAGACGAGAAAACCGGCCGCCCAACGCGGCAAGUCCGGAGCAACCGCAUACUCGGACCUGGGGUCGAGCAACGGAGCCGCAACUACACCCUCGGGCAUCAAUGUCGGUGAGGACCAGGCGCUCGGUGUCGGUAGCAACGGCGCAUUGGAAAGUAGUGCUACUUCCGAAGCCCCUGCAUCGCUCCCCGAGCCUGUCAAGGCCGCGCGAGCACCAAAGACCCCGAAAGAGGCCAAACCUACGCGAGCCCCACGAACCCCCAAGUCCAAGGCCGUUGCCGGUACAUCCCCCGCCCCGCCUUCAAACGGAUCCUCCGGCGAUGGUGCGGCACCGCUGUCGACACCGGCAAACCCAUCCAGUGCGAUGGAUGUCGAUCCAUGACUCCCAUGGCCGGUCUGCACCCGCAACUGUAUCUGUGUCACUGCCCUGGCUGGCUCUGCGACUGUCGUCUCGUCUUGUGAUCAAUACAGCAGAGAUGACUGCGGUGCGCAAGUCGA